CUCCGUUUCACCACCAUCAUUCGAGAACCACAUCAAUUUGACGUCCUCUUCCCUCCCCCAAACCGCCCAAGAUGUUCUUCUUCGGUCUUGGGAAGCUCGUAUACGUCAUCAUCCUCCUCAUCAACUCCCUCGCUGUCCUCUCCGAAGACCGCUUCCUAGCCAGAAUCGGAUGGGGCCGCACACAAAACGACCCAGCCUUCGGCGCAAACUACGAUACCACCAGCGUCAAAGCGAAGACCAUUAAUCUGAUUGCGAGUGUGAGGACUGUUAUGCGAAUACCGCUUAUUGUGAUCAAUACGAUAAUUAUCGUGUACGAGCUUAUUCUGGGUUAGAGUGGGAUUGAAAGCUAGACUGGGGAAAAUAUGAAUGGGGAAUGGAGAGUUGUGUGAUAUAAAUGCAUACAUAUAUGAUUACUACUGCUGCUG